AUGGCAGAUUCCAACUACAGCUUCUCGGAGGGCUUCAUUCUGAUGGGCGUAUCUGACCAUCCUCAGCUAGAGAUCAUCUUUUUCAUAGUCAUUCUCUUCUCUUACUUGCUGACCUUGCUUGGGAACUCAACCAUUAUCCUACUUUCCUGCCUGGAUGCCCGGCUCCACACUCCCAUGUACUUCUUCCUCAGCAACCUCUCGUCCCUAGACCUUGCUUUUACUACUAGCUCGGUCCCCCAAAUGCUGAUCAACUUAUGGGGACCAGACAAGACCAUAAGCUAUGGAGGCUGUGUGACCCAGCUCUACGUUUUCCUCUGGCUGGGGGCUACCGAGUGCAUUCUGCUUGUGGUGAUGGCAUGGGACCGCUAUGUGGCAGUUUGCCGCCCUCUGCACUACACCACCGUGAUGAACCCUCGGCUGUGCUGGCUGUUGGCUGCCAUUGCAUGGUUGGGUGGCUUGAGCAACUCUCUGAUCCAGUCGACGUUCACUCUGCAGCUCCCAUUAUGUGGGCACCGGAAGGUGGACAGCUUCCUGUGUGAGGUGCCUGCCAUGAUCAAACUGGCCUGUGGAGACACGAGUCUCAAUGAGGCUGUGCUCAAUGGUGUCUGCACCUUCUUCACUGCUGUCCCUCUGAGCGUCAUCCUGAUCUCCUACUGCUACAUAGCUCAAGCAGUGCUGAAGAUCCGCUCAGCGGAGGGACAGAGAAAGGCCUUUAAUACGUGCCUCUCCCACCUGGUGGUGGUGUUACUCUUCUAUGGCUCAGCUAUCUAUGGCUAUCUCCUUCCAGCUAAGACCAGCAGCCAGGAUCAGGGCAAAUUCAUUUCCCUCUUCUACUCUGUGGUCACACCAAUGGUGAACCCUCUCAUCUACACUCUAAGAAACAAGGAGGUAAAGGGAGCACUAAGGAGGCUGCUGGGAAAGGGACGAGAACUUGGCUGA